AUGGCCUCGGAAGAUAAUAUCAACUAUUUUUACAAUUCAAUAGCAUCGUCGGGUCUUGAUAACUCCAUCGACGUCAACGAUGUCGCAAAUAUCACCAGGGAUACUCAGUUAAUUCUGGCGUUUGAAGAAAUCUUAUUCAGAAACAAGGAAGGUCAUCCCUUGGACGCGGUUAAUUCAUGUCAAAGAUGCCGGAAGUUGAAGAAAAAAUGUACCAAACACAAACCAAAAUGCUUGAAUUGCUUCAAAACCAACUACGAGUGUAUUUACGUCGAAAAGACCAAGGACGGUAGAAUUGUCACUUCGACUAGUGGCAAUAAAUACGUUAAUAAACUCGCACCAAGUCAAACAAUUAUAAAUGAUACGAUUUCUCAUGUUGGAAAUCUCGGGGAUUUGGGUCCAGUCGUCCAAAGAAACCAUAAUCGAGGCAUCUUAACCAAUAUGACAAUUCCCCAAGGCACGUAUCCCAAGCGUACCGGGCUUAAAGACUCUACCCUUGGAGAUAAUAUUAGCAUUGAACCCGUCCAUCGAAGCUUUGAAGAUGGGGUACAAACUUUCAGAACUUCUAGAUCCAAUCCUAUCGCUAAAUCGCCAACCCAAAGAGGUAUGACCAACGGAAUGGGCGUGAUGAAAGGUGAUAUAUCUUCUGCUAUUAGAUCGGUGAAUUCAACAAUAUUCUCCCCAUCAAUGUCUUAUAAACCAGAAUUUUCUCCAGCUCUUGGAGCAGCCCCGCGUCAACAUAUUGCCCACCCUUUUAUGGUAUCGCCGCAACCACCAUUGCAAAACCAACAUCAUCAACAAAAAAUUAUUUAUCAACAACAACACCAACAGCAACAACAGCGACAGCAUUAUCAGCAGCAAAAACCACCACAGCUCGCCCCAAACGUUGGUAGGUCAAUGGGCUCAGCAGCGAUAGGUCAGCCGCCGCCAAUUGUUCUUCAAGCUAACCAGCAAGCAGUAGACUCAUCGCAAGGCCCAGCUUCUUUCUACGCGUAUCCUUACGGUGAUGUGGUGAUUGAUUGCUUUCCUAGUCCGUUUGAAAUUUUCCACAAGAAAAAACAGGAUUCGCUAACCAAAGAUUAUCCAGGUAAUGAUGGUUUACACGAUGAUGGUCUGGAAAGUGAUUAUGGAGAGGAUAGGGGUCUUGAAGAUUUCGAGGCUGAAGAGGAAGUCGGCGAAUAUUUUUCGAAACCGGGUGAACAUGAACAUAUUGAUCCUUUUUUAUUCGAUAGUAUUUCUACAUGA